UAUAAAGUGACAAGUCAGUGAUCUACUCUAUGGACCUAAACAGCCGAUCGAUGGCAUCAAUUUGACCACAGAGACCCGACGUGACCUGCCCUUAUCAAGAACGCUGCUCCCCCAUUUUCUUUUCCUACUCCAGUCUCUCCUUUUCUUUUCUUUUCUUUUCUUUCUUUCUUUCACGGUUUUUCACCUUGGUAGUCUUGUAGUUAUGGCCAUAGACCUCAUGAUGAGUUAAAAGGAAUGGCAGUUUUGUAGCAUAAAUGGAAGAAACCGCGGUCGUUCAAGAAGCAGCCGCGGGCCUCGAGAGCGUCGAGAGACUAAUCAGAUUACUCUCUCAACAACAACAAUAUCAAGAUCAGAAGUAUUCAAACCUGGACAUGGACAUUGAUUGCAGAGCAGUCGCAGACGUCGCUGUUUCGAAGUUCAAGAGAGUAAUUUCUCUCCUGAAUCGAACCAGAACAGGACACGCUCGAUUCAGAAGAGCACCUGUGGUUCCUUCACCUUCUUUGCCCCCAAACAAUCGAGAUAACGAAGUUCUUGAAGGCAAAGUUUAUUACGCGACGCCGAUCCAGCAGGCACCGCCGGUUCUGCCUCAUCUUCACAACCGCGAUUUUCCGAUGGUGAUGCCAAAAAAUGAGGGAAUUGACAGGAAAGAUUUGUCCACUACGAUUAAUUUCUCGUAUUCCUCGGCAGGAAAUUCGUUUAUUUCGUCGUUGACGGGCGAGUCGGAAAGUAAGCAGCCGUCGUCAUCCUCGGCGUUUCAGAUUACAAAUCUGUCUCAGGUUUCAUCGGUUGGGAAACCGCCGUUGUCUUCUUCUCUGAAGAGAAAGUGCAGCUCUGAAAACCUAGGUUCCGGAAAGUGCGGAUCCUCUGGCCGCUGCCAUUGCUCCAAGAAGAGGAAGAUGAGAAUGAAGAGGAUAGUGAGAGUUCAAGCGAAUAGCCUAAAAAUGUCUGAUAUUCCACCAGAUGAUUACUCUUGGAGAAAGUACGGACAGAAACCAAUCAAAGGUUCUCCACAUCCAAGGAGUUACUACAAGUGCAGUAGUGUGAGGGGAUGUCCUUCUCGUAAGCAUGUAGAAAGAGCUUUGGAUGAUCCUGCGAUGCUUGUAGUCACAUAUGAAGGGGAGCACAACCACGCACUCUCUGUUGCUGAGGCUACCCAUCUCAUCCUGGAAUCCUCCUAGUCCAAGUCUCCAACCCCCACCACCAUCAUCAUCAUCAUCAUCAUCAUCAACCAAGUGUAAAAACAGUUCCGAAAACUAGUUGUGUGCUACUGAUUAGAUAGUGAACCAUAGUUUCUUAUCUUGAAGGAGAUGAUCAGUGUGGUUAUUGGAUUCCUUCGCUUUUUCUGUC